UGCCUCCACUUUUCGCUGCUCCUGUACCCUCGACGAACUCGAUGCAGCAUCGCGUACCUGCACGAAGGGCUCGAGCCCAAGGUGGUUCACCGCGACAUCAAGUCGAGCAACAUCCUGCUGGACAAGAAGUGGAACCCCAAGGUGUCGGACUUCGGGAUGGCCAAGGUGCUGGGGUCCGGGUCCAGCUACGUGACGACCCGGGUGAUGGGCACGUUCGGGUACGUGGCCCCCGAGUACGCGUCGACGGGGAUGCUGAACGAGAGCAGCGACGUGUGCAGCUUCGGCGUGCUGCUGAUGGAGCUCAUCUCCGGGCGCAGCCCCGUGGACUACAACCGCCCCGCCGGCGAGGUGAACCUGGUGGAGUGGUUUCGGGGCAUGGUGGGCAGCCGGCGCGUGGAGGACCUGGUGGACCCGCGCGUGGCCGCGCCGCCGCCGCCGCGAGUGCUCAACCGGGUGCUGCUGGUGUGCCUCCGCCGCAUCGACGCCGACGGGCCCAAGCGGCCACGGAUGGGGCAGAUCGUGCACAUGCUCGAGGGCGACGAGUUCCCCUUCCGCACGGAGCACCGCUCGCCGCGGGCGUCGCAGCGGACGUCGACGGGGACGCGGCCGUCGCUCCUGUCGGAGAACGUCGGGGCCACCGACGACUCGGACAAGUCGAUGUAGAGAUGAGGGACCCAGAGCUGCUGCAAAGAAGGACGUCAAUUGAUCCAACGACC